AUGAGGACCUCCAAGAGUAGUGAGGAGUGGAUGAGGACCUCCAAGAGUAGUGAGGAGUGGAUGAGGACGAGUAGUCAGGAGUGGAUGAGGACCUCCAAGAGCAGUGAGGAGUGGAUGAGGACCUCCAAGAGCAGUGAGGAGUGGAUGAGGACCUCCAAGAGUAGUGAGGAGUGGAUGAGGACCUCCAAGAGUAGUCAGGAGUGGAUGAGGACCUCCAAGAGCAGUGAGGAGUGGAUGAGGACGAGUAGUCAGGAGUGGAUGAGGACCUCCAAGAGUAGUGAGGAGUGGAUGAGGACGAGUAGUCAGGAGUGGAUGAGGACCUCCAAGAGCAGUGAGGAGUGGAUGAGGAACUCCAAGCGUAGUGAGGAGUGGAUGAGAACCUUCAAGAAUAGUGAGGAGUGGAUGAGGAACUCCAAGAGUAAUGAAGAGUGGAUGAGGACCUCCAAGAGCAGUGAAGAGUGGAUGAGGACCUCCAAGAGUAAUGAAGAGUGGAUGAGGACCUCCAAGAGCAGUGAAGAGUGGAUGAGGACCUCCAAGAGCAGUGAAGAGUGGAUGAGGACCUCCAAGAGUAGUGAAGAGUGGAUGAGGACCUCCAAGAGUAGUGAAGAGUGGAUGAGGACCUCCAAGAGCAGUGAAGAGUGGAUGAGGACCUCCAAGAGCAGUGAAGAGUGGAUGAGGACCUCCAAGAGUAGUGAAGAGUGGAUGAGGACCUCCAAGAGUAGUGAAGAGUGGAUGAGGACCUCCAAGAGUAGUGAGGAGUAG